GCGACUGGGACCCGCGCACCCCUCCGGGCCGCCGACCUCGGGCGCCUGCGCCGCGCUUGCUCCGCGGGAGGACCGGGCGAGACGGGGCGGGAGUGCGCGGGCUGGUGCACGCGCGCGACGCCAGCCCCUUGCUUGGCCCUGGCGCCGCUCGCUCCCCGGCCUAGGCUGUCGCUCCGGCCGGCGUCGAGGGCGUGGCGGUGAGGCUCCUUGCACCGUCUCUGACCCGACUGCCGUCCGGGGUGUCUGCCCAGGCCCGGCUUCUCGUGGCGCCCCGUCCUCUCCCUUGGCUUCCUGCCUGGCUUCCUGCAGCAGCCAAGCGCUCAGCAGCGGCUGCCUGGUCGAGGUCUUAGAACUUUAAAAACAGAAAAGACCUACUUUUAGGGGAUAAUGCUGAGGGACACUAUGAAAUCCUGGAAUGACAGCCAGUCGGAUCUCUGUAGCAGUGACCAAGAAGAGGAAGAAGAGAUGAUUUUUGGUGAAAAUGAAGACGACUUGGAAGAGAUGAUGGAUUUCAGUGACCUGCCCACCUCGCUUUUUGCGUGCAGUGUCCACGAAGCCGUGUUCGAGGUGCCAGAGCAGAAGGAGAGAUUCGAAGCACUUUUCACCAUCUACGAUGACCAGGUUACGUUUCAGUUGUUUAAAAGCUUCAGAAGAGUCAGGAUAAAUUUCAGCAAACCUGAAGCUGCAGCAAGAGCACGAAUAGAACUCCACGAAACAGACUUCAAUGGCAAGAAGCUGAAGCUGUAUUUUGCACAGGUACAGACCUCCAGUGAAACACGGGACAAGUCGUACCUGCUGCCGCCCCAGCCGGUCAAACAGUUCCUCAUCUCCCCUCCGGCGUCCCCUCCGGUGGGGUGGAAGCAGGGUGAAGAUUCAAUGCCUCUGAUAAAUUAUGAUCUGCUCUGUGCUGUUUCCAAAUUGGGACCAGGAGAGAAGUACGAACUCCACGCAGGAACUGAGUCGACACCCAGCGUUGUGGUCCAUGUCUGUGAAAGCGAAACUGAAGAGGAAGAAGAAACAAAAAACCCCAAACAGAAAAUUACCCAGACGCGGCGCCCUGAACCUCCCACCACAGCCCUGAGCGAGCCCCAGACCUUCAGCUGUGCUCCGUGAGCCCUGCGGGCGCGGUGGUGCGAGGCGGCGCCAUCCUGGGGGGCAGCCACCCAGCUCACGGCCGUCCUGCUGGCGCGCCGCUGCCGCCAACCGUGUAGGUGAGGUGAGCAGGGUGUGAGAUGCAGCGCGGUCCCCAAGCCUGCACUGCGGACGUGGCAGUCCAGAGUAGAGGCUGAUUUUACCGGUUCGGGGUUUUAACUGGUACUCUGAACAGCACUUCGAAGCAUUAGCCCCCAGCGUGCAGCAUUUUUAAAUAGUAGCAAAUUAGGAAAACAGCCCCCUCCAGGAAUGUUCCCUUCCCUGAUUCCAUGCAGCAUCGGGUACCCAAAAGCUAGAACCGUCGUCACCGAGUGCAGUACCAAUUUUAUGACUUUAAUCGUCUUACAAUUUUAAUCAUCUAGUGUGGUAUUUUUGCACUGGUAUGGUAACUUCUAACAAAAUCUCUUGAUCAAAGGUUAGUUGUUAUUCGGUAUCCCUAAAUUUUUUUGCAUGAAAAGAAACCUGAGGUAUAGAAUAAUCCAUGGAAAAUCAUUUUCCUCUAGUAUUUUUUUCCCUCAACUUUGGGGAAGAAAUGCCAAACUUGCUUCGACUGUCGGAAUCCAGGUGGCACCAAUCCGUGUGCAAGUCAUCCUCUUACCUGGGACUCGAGGAAGGCGAUGCACCAGCACUGUCCUCGUGCGUGGCCCCUCCCUCCCUCCCUGAGAAAGAGCUGCUACUUUGGAAGGGGGACAUGUCACCCGAGAGCUUGACUGAUUGUGAGUCAGGUGGCCACUGCAGUCUGCCGCUUACCUAACUGUCUUUGGCCGCUCGUUAAGGUUUUCUAUGCAAUGCAUGUUCGUGUGCGUCAUUCACAGACUGAGGUUAGAGGAGGUGAUGAUGAGAUUUUCUGAAGACCAUCUGAAAGGUGUCCAUUGAAACAUUUUGCAGCUUGAAAGGAAAGUGACACUCCCUUUCUCUGAAUUAGGGGGAGAUGCAGGGGCGAUCGUGUUGGUAGCCAGACUUUCUUUUUUGGUGACACUUUUUACCCUGCUUACAUUAUAGUACGCAUUUUCCCCUCAAACAGAAUUGUUUCUCACUUACGUUGCACAGUGUUGAGCCUCCUAAAGUAGAAGCAAGCAUCUUUUUAAUUUCGGGGGAUCUAUUCAGACUUGAAAGUUCUUUUUAUAGAAAAGUCUCGUAACUAAAUGCUUUGCUUUUGGUCAGCGGCUCUGCCGAUUGUCUGCUCACACUGCUGUUUUCUGCUCACACGCGCCUGGCCUGUGUAUGGGAAGGGGUUGCUCAUGUGAGUUUGGACUGAUACACCAAUGUGGCUGCCGCCGGGAGGGGAGAAACACGCAGAAGAUGCAGGCCACGCUGUCUGUAUGUUUUCAGUAACAUGUUUUUGUGGUGUAGAUGUUCUUAUUGUGGUAGAAUUUAUUUCUGAGGACUUAAGCUCUAUUGUGUUAAAAAAAAAAAAGUUUUGUAUGUUUUCCUUGUCCUGAAAUACUCCAAGGUGAUAAACUCGUCUGUUUGUAUAUAUUUAUCACUGCUACACCUCAAUGUAAAUUUAGUUCAAAUUUGUGAUUCCAUAAACAAUUGAUUAAAUUCAGAUCACCAGUUGGCAAUUUCAAUGACAGCCACCAAAUUGAGCUCUUUGCCAGUUUUAGUCUUACCUGGCUGCACCAGCUUAUUGUUGCAGAAUGGACCCUGUAAGCCGAGAAAUGUGUGUAUCGCUGCCAGUGGCGAUUUUUAAGUUUCCUUUUAGGUAAUACUUGUUCACUGUCAUUUUCUAAGUGACCAAAAUCCACACUUUAUUAUUAUUUCACUCGGCUUUCACUCUCUACCUUCCAGUGAAAGAAUAUUGUACCCUCAAUAUGUAAAACUUUCUAAAAAGUCAAACAUUGCAAAUUACCCACAUUUUUUUGUUCUGUUCCUUUUUUUGAGAGCAUUAAAUAAAUUGAAGAAAAACUUAAACAAAAUUAAAUAUACAUGUAUAAUUAUUUAAUAUAUAUAUUAUACUUGUUUGGGAAAACUAAUAUUUUCAUUCUUUCUAAAUAGUAUUCUGUUUCCAUCAUAUGAAUUCUAAAAGAAAAACCAUGAAAUGCCCAUUAGCUUUUUAAUACUGUGAAGUCAAUCAGGAUCUCAACGGGUUUUCUGGUCUCUGUCCUUCUUUGGUUAUUUUAUGCACAUUUCAUAGAAUCAUUUUUGCAAGAGAUGAGUGUCUGUGUCUUUUUUAAAAAUUCCU